UGGAAAAUGUUAAAAUGACUGGCGACCAUGUGGAAAAMGGAACACACGUUCACAUGACAAUGUCCGAUGACAUUGCGGAGUGUUUUCAUAAGUCGUUACCUGAUGACGAAAUGAGGUUUUCAAUGAUGGCGAAUUUCUUCAGCAGUAACGGCUUUAAAGGAGAGGUUUUAAAAAUUGUGUGUGAAGUAAGAAAAGGACCGCUAAGUUUCAGCACAUGCAUUAGAGAAGCAUUAGCAAAGCAUUUUGGAGAUGAUAUAAUUGCGUUGGGCGGAGUAAUACUCAUCGAAAAUGGAAAAGUGAAAAUUCACGUCAUUAAGCCGAGUUUGGCGAAAAUACCAAUAAAAUCAGAGAAAGAGUUGGGCAAUUGGUUACAUUUUAUUGAAUUAUCUCCACCGUCAGUGGGUGUCGGAUGCAUAGUCUCUCAUGAUCCUGGGCUGAAUUUAAGACUUCAACACUUUCACCUGUACACUGAUCGCAAUGAAGGAGGACAUUACCACAAUGAUACCGAACCGAACACCAUAAAAUAUACUGGUUAUUUUGGUGUUUCUAAGCAGUUUAUUAAAAUUGAUUAAAUUCAAACAUUAUAUUAUGC